CGACAAACAACAACAAGUGUUUCUUUUAGUGUUAUGCACUUUUUGAAAUAUUGUCAUUUCAAUGGGUUCUUUGGGGAAGGGGCGGUCACCGAAGCAGCGAAAUUCAAAGGACAAAACGAGGAAGGGAUUAUCGGUAACAAAACUCCACGUCAAAGCGAUGUUCUUCUCUGUGAGCAAGAGCAGUUGGUUGACGAGAAAAUGAUUAUUGAGGACAAGACGGGAGAGUAUGACAAUAAGAAAACGGAAGUGGAAAAGAAGCCGAAUAGGAUUGUCUCCUUUUUUAUGAGGAAGAAAACCAUUUUUAACUCGACGAACAUUGUGAUGGCUCUUCUGUUUUUAGUUGUUGUAUUCAUCGCAGUUUGGGCGUCGUUAGAGAAUUCAGUUGAGGUGUAUGUGAAAGGGCCAUUGGUUGUAUUUGUGUUGUCGUGUGUUGUAGGCGCGUUCAUGGCAAGAAGAAUCAUCUCAGCGAUACACUUACCAACAGUCUUGUUAUUGUUGUGCAUUUCUGGUUCUGUUAGUUAUACGUGUCUGACGAAUUUGCAGGAAUUCAAUACUCCAACCACAAGUUAUAAAAAGUACGGACCCAUUGUGAUGGACUUAGUAGCAGUGUUUUUGGCGAUGACUGUGGUGACUAGUAGUGUCAUACUUGCUCUGAGGACGGUCAAACUUUAUAAUUAA